AUGCGAUGGUAUGCAACAGAAGAAGCAGUGCGUGCAUUUUCUGCUUCUGUUGCUUUUGACGAAAUAUUAAAAAAAAUAAAAAAAGAAGAGAAAACGAUUGAGCUGAGAGAGAGAGAGCUGGAGGAGCAGCUGCGGGCGCAGCUAGCAGCAAAUAAUAUUUUAAUAGAUACGCAGCAGCAGCAGCAACAACACACACACACUACACCGACGGCUACGCCGCAUGCAGCAGCAGCAGCAGCAGCAGCAGCAGCAGGGACACCAGCAGCAACGCCAGCUGCUGCAGCAACAGCAACAGGAACACCAGCAAAUACAGCAGCAGCAGCAACACCACCGCCAGCAACAGCAGCAGCAACUGCAACAGCAGCAACAGCUGCAGCAGCUGCUGCGGGUCCGAGGUGCAGCAAGAUAGAUUCGUUCUUUAUGAAGCGCGUUGAGGCACCAGAGGAGCAGCAGCAGGCAGCAGCAGCAGCAGCAGCAGCAGCAGCAGGACAAGACGUCCGGGGAACGAAUGCAGUAGCUGCAGCCGCAGCAGCAGCUGCAGCAGCGGCAGCUGCUGCUGCUGCGGAACUGAAACCAAGAUCCAGCACGCAGCAGCAGCAGCAGCAGCAGCAAAAGAAACCCCCCUCCCCCUGUGCGGAUUCUGUUGGUUGGGCAACAGACGAAGAGGCAGCAGCAGCAGCAGCAGCUGCUGGCAUCGCAGCAAAGUCAGCAGCAGCAGCAGCAGCAGCUGCUGCUGCUGCUGCAGGAAAGACAGACUCUCAGGGUGCUGCACUUGCUGCUCAUGUUGCUGCUGCAGCACUGCUUGCAGCAAAACUGGCGAGAGGAGCAGCAGAACUCGGUGAAGGUACUGAAGCAGCAAAUGUCAGCAGCAGCAGAGUUGCUGCUGAUGGGGUGUCUGUACACCUCGGGUUGCCGAGAGGCGGACGACUCUCUGCUCCUGCUGCUGCUGCUGCUGCUGCUGCUCCUGCUGCUGCUGGGUACCCUGCAAGCAGCCAGGGGGCCCCCCUCAGUUCAAGGGGGGGAGGGGGCCCCCGCCGCAGUGCAGAUGCAGGGGUUCUUUGUGAGAGAGCAGGCGGCGGGGGGGCCCCCUCGGGUGUACAGGCAGCUGCUGCAGCUGCUGCAGCUGCUGCAGCUGCUGCAGCAGAUGAAGACCUCGAUAAGGUUGCUGCAGGCAAACGCAUGCGGAGAAGUGCUCUGCUGCAGGAGCCGCCAGCUGCUGCUGCAGCAGAUGCAGCAAACAAACGCGUCAAGAGACGGCAGUCCGCUCUAACCCCAGCAGCAGCAACAGCAGCAGCAGCAGCAGCAACAGCAGCAGCAGCAACAGCAGCAACAGCAGCAACAAACCCCUUGGGGUGA